AUGAGAGCCCUGUUGCUACUCGGAUUGUCAGUCCUGACACUGGCGCAGAACGACCAGAGGAUCUGUGCCUGGUACAGACCACGAUAUGGGAGUGUGAGGGAUGCGCUGUAUAUCGAUGGCGGCACGAUAUUAGAGAAUGGAUGGCAGGACGGUAGCUGGGCUUCCUCAAACCCAACACAGACGUAUCCUUCUGGUGUGCUCUAUGCGCUCAACUUCUCCAACACAUUUGAGGGACUGGAGCCCGUGGAUUUGCGAGAACUCUUGACAGAGCUCCCGCUUACUGCUGGAGGUCCGUACGAUGCGCCUGACUUCAGCGAGGGUGCUAUGUUCACGAGUGAUUACGAACUAUACACCUACGGAGGUCUUCCUCGGAGUGACUCGUCGUCAUCAACGAUUUUGAAUUACCGCCUAUUUCCCUCAGAGGGACAGACGAUCUUCAGCCCUGGUCCGCGGACUGGUGUUGAUCUCGACAACGAUGUUUCGAACUACGUGACUUCUGGAGGAUGGGCGAGUGCCCCUUCCGAGAACAAAGGCUGGUACUUCAGCGGCAUGCGAGCUGCAUCGUGGGGCCCGCUUGCCCAGAUGGCCAGCACGGACGAUGUCAGGGCGGUUACAGACCUAUCAAAUGUGCUCAUCACUGCAGAUUUCACGUCCCCCGGGAGUGCAUCGUGGCAGAACACAACUUUGCCUAGCGACGUACGGCCUAGAGUCAACCCUGAGCUUGUUUGGAUCCCUGUUGCGCAGCAAGGUGUGCUGUUAGCUAUCGGUGGAGUGCUUCAUCACCAGAAAUUCGGAAACUAUGGUCUUGAAGAUGAUCAAAUUGAAGAGAGCGAAGAGAUAAGCCCGUCCUUCAUGACCCAAAUUCCAGUCUAUGAUAUCGAUGGCGACGAAUGGUACCUUCAAAACACCACUGGCGACGCUCCGGACUUUCGAGCAGAGUUUUGCGCCGUGGUUGCGGCCCUGCCUGACGAUACCUCAACAUACGACAUCUACAUCUACGGUGGAGACAACGGCCUGCCAGGAAGCAGAGCAAUCUAUGCCGACGAUGCUGUCUGGGUCCUCUCCGUGCCAGCAUUUCGCUGGACAAGGGUGUCGACUGGAGCCUUCUCGCACGGCCGCAGUGGACAUUCCUGCGCGACACCCUUUCCAAACCAGAUGCUAGUUCUGGGCGGCCAGAACCUUAACUCUACCACGUUUUGCAUACAGGACGGCAGUGUCAUUGAUGUCUUCAACCUGAACACGCUUGAGUGGACGCGCAAGUACUCCUGGGACACCUACGAAGACUAUAGACGCCCACAGAUCAUCAUUGACGCCAUUGAUGGGGCUGCUGGAGCCGACUCGGCCGUGAGGGCUCUAUUUGACACCACGUAUACCACGGUUCGAAAUACAUGGUACCCAUACACUGCAGGUGGUAGCAAUGACACAAACUCCGGCAACGGGACCGAUACGACCAACGUUGAACGCUCAUCGACAGGCGGAGGAACUAAUGCAGGAGCCAUUGCGGGAGGUGUCGUUGGCGGUAUUGCGGUCCUCGUCAUUGGUUUUCUUAUUUUCUGGUUCUGCCGACCGUCGCGACGGGCGGCAAGAAAGUCUCGCAACUCUACCACUGCCUACACGGAAACGACGCUCGGUGCAAGCGCGGUGUCUCGCUGGCUACGACGGACAAACUUCAACGAACCUCCGCAGCGCCAGGCUGGCCUGAAGGAAGGCUCGGAGACGGACGCGACGUCGAACGAUGACCAUAUUGUUCCCGCCGCCAAUGCGCGCCCACCAACAACACUCGAUGGCCCGGCUGAGUUGUACGGCGACGAGCGCGCUUUCCACGAAAUGUCGACCGACGAUGGCUUCUCGCCCCGAUCAUCCACGGCCGUCGACAACACAACCAAUCGCACACGCCAUACCUCGGUUGAGGCGGGCAGCGAACCAAUCCAUGAAAUGCUCGACGACUCCGUCGUCUCUCCGCGCCAAUCAGCGCAGGUCCCCAGCCAACCGUUCGUUUGGAAAGCCGAGCACCGACCUUUCGGCAGCAUUGACGAGAAUUCGGCCAGUGGGCCCCUCGCCAGCCUGGCUGCCGGUGUUGCAGGUAGCAAUUCUGCCAUUUCGCACCCUGGUAGCACGCAAUCCGGCUCUGAUCGCGGCGCAGUCAGCCGGACCAGCGUCGACCAGUCAUCACGCCCCAGCAUCAGCGGGCCUCCUCCCGGCCACGACAUUCGGCCGACGCUGGACCGAAACGAAAGCAGCAUCUCGUCUGAGCUGCCCACCUCACCACCCUCGAGGCAUGGCUCAAACUUACGCAUGUCCGCGAACGCCGCUGGUCCCAUCUCCCCGAGUCUGGCAGACGUGGACCGCCACGCACAAGCGGGUGGCAUAGUCAGUGCCACGUCGGGCAGGCCGGGCUAUGGGCGCCACGGCAGCAGUCUGGUCAGCGCCGUGAGCGAGAACGAGAAGGCGAUGCUCAAGGACGAAAAGCGUGUCGAGGGAGACCGGCGGGAAGCUCGGCGGAUAUUGGAGGGGGAGAAGGAGGAGGUUAUGAGUCCCGUGGCGGCCAGUGCGUUGGAGGAGCGGAAAUCGACAGCAGCGGAGAUGAGUGAGACGCCGAAGGAGGUGCGGCGUGUGGCGAGCAGUUCAAGCCGGUUCAAGGAGGAUCUUACGACGCUAGGCGAGGCGGAAAAGUAA